AGCCACAUGGAAGCUGUUACGCAUCAGAUCAUUUCCUGUGGCCCAGUGUUUUAAUGAGGGCCAUUUCGGGAUGAAGCGGUCGACCUAAUGGGGGAUGUGACGCUGUCUCUCCACCACCAGCAGCUCUGACCCUGAUCACAAACCCUCAGCCCUGAGAUACGAUCUGUAUUAAACCCCGAGUCCACGUGCUUCCGCACAACAGCAGGACUUAGGAGAACAACCCGGCAAGCUUUAUCUCGGAUCGACACAGUCACUGUCAGGAGAAAGUCAUGGCACAGAACGAGACGCUGGUCGCUUUGAAUGGAACCCAAAUAUCCUACAUCGGACAUGACUGUAAAUACAUUCCAGACUUCCUUGGGGACACGUAUGGCAAGUUCGCGAGAAGGCUGGACCUGAGCUUCAAUCAGCUCCGGUCACUUGCAGGCCUCAAAAUGUUCACUGAGCUGGAAGAGCUGGUCGUCGACAACAAUCUGCUCGGGAAUGACCUCCGGUUGCCCAGGUUUCCCAACCUCCACACCCUCACACUCAAUAAGAACCAACUGACUGAUAUCGAGGCCCUGCUGGAACACUUGGCUGAUGUGACCCCGUCGCUGGAGUACCUAAGCCUGCUGGGAAACGAGGCCUGCCCCAACCAGCUGGUCAGCCCGGAUAAGGACGAGGACGACUACCAGAGAUACAGGUACUUUGUUCUGCACAAGUUGCCCCAGCUGAAGUUUCUGGACACCAGGAAGGUGACAAAAAAAGAAGUGAUGGAGGCAUCGGCGAGAGGAGCGUUCAUGAAAGUGGUCAAACCUAAGUCGGAAGCUUUACCUAACGAGGCUGGAUGUGAGGGUCACCCUCUGCCCUACACUCCUCUACCCCGAGGAUCCAGAGAUGCCAAGAACCACAAAGGAAAAGACUCAUCAAUAUUUACACACUUGGCCAAUAUCUACAAGAGCGAGCAAUCACAGAGGCCUGCGUAUGAAGUUAUAGUGUAUUCGCCAAGUGUCGCUACGUCUACUAUGGCAAACACUCAGAGGGCAACAGAUUCAUCCGGAACGACCAACUCUGAUGGACAGCUGCUGAGGCACAAAGACGGACAUGAAUGACAGUGGAAGUUAUGGAAAAAAAGAGAUCCAACCAGUCUCUUAUUUAUUAAAAUCGCUGGUGAUAUCUGAGUCACCUGAUCACCCACUGGAAUAAAAAAACUUCAUCAAAAGAUUUUGUCGUGGUUACGUAAGGCUGAUGUUUUUUGUUCGUAGUUUUUAAACUUCAUAUUCCAGCCCCAUAGUUACAUCUGCUGAGCCUGGUCUGCCUCUGCCUCCCUGCUUCCAGCUUCCAGUCAGACUCAGAGAUGACACUCCCACUGACAUGAUUGCCUGUAAGCAUCAGCAGCCACACAACUCCAGACACACACAUAACACACGCAAGGACAGUCUCUCUCUCUCUCUCUCUCGCUCUUUCUUUCUCUUUCCCCCUCUCUCUCUUUCUCUCUCGCUCUCUGUCUCUCUCACACACAGAGUCACAGACAAACAGACCCGGCCAGUUGCAUCCUUUUCUUUGACAGCCAUGAUGGAUCACCCGUCCACUACCGCCACUAAUCAAGGGUGAAAGGGGUGACGGUCACACACCUGGGGCCUGACAUGGACUCAUCUCUCUCAUUCUCUUUCUCUUUUACACAAACACACGCGCGCACGCACACACACACACACACACACACACACACACACACACACACACACACUCACAUAGCUGCCAUUUGAAACAUUAGGACAUUGCAAAGAACUUGACAGAAAAGGGUUUAUACCACCAGGUUUUCAGUCCGAGCAGAAUGCUCUUCCUUCUUUGUGUUUGGAUGAAUUUUUAUUGAAUCAGUUUGAACUUUGUGCCUCUUCGCCUGACACCUGAGCAAUGAUUUGGUCAGUUUCUGUAACGAGUAUGUUGUAUAUGUUAGCACAUGGAUUAUUUAAUGGAUGAAAUGUAUCAAAUGCAGAUUUUAAAGCCAAAAACAUUCCAAUAUUAGCUUUAAUUACAGAGUCGUGAAUUUCAGGUAUAUCAUUGUGUAUUAUUAUGGUGACAUUUCUGUAUCUCUGUUGUUUUGCCUUUCCCACUGUGCUUCUUCUUCCUUUAGCUUAAAGGGUAACUCCACCAAUUUUACACAUUUAAGUGUGUUUACAAGUCUCUGGGAGUACUUCCACAUAUGUUAAAAUAAACAGUAUAAAGCCUCUGUGGCUUCAAAUGUCAUCCGAUACAUUUCCUCCAUUGGCUAAAAUGCAUUUUGGGUAAUGUAGGCUCCAGGUAAUAAAAAAACAACCACAGGUUUAGCACUGCACUCCUAAAACACUGUACUCAUUAUGAACAUAUUAAAAGCAAAUGAUCAGAAUCAGUACAGCCUUAUUAAUACCAUCCAUUCGUCUUCUUUUUCAAAACCUGUUGCCUGCAUGACCCAUAAUGCAAUUUAGCCACUGAGCAACAACAUUACUAAUCUGAUUAUGUGCAGCUACCUCUGGAGCCACUAAAGGUUUUAUACUGUUUUUUUUUAAUAUAUAGUACUUUUCAAGACCUGUAAACACACUUAAGUGUGAAAAUUGGUGGCAUUACCCUUCGUCAACAACAAACCAGAAGACAUAAUCUUCAGAAAAUGUCAUAUUGACUCCAAAGUGUGUUCAAAUGCAUUAUUUUUUUCAAAUGUUAACAUUUUAUAGUCAUCUUGGUUUUAAUCCUUUAUCACAACAACAGCAACAAGCUAAAGCGCUGCCAUUGUUUAACAUGCUAUUUAGAGGUCUCCAGCCAAGCACCCAGUCUGAAAUUUUGACACGAAUGAAUGAUGUGUUACAGCUGAUCCGAUGUAAACCUGUAAUAGCUGGAUGUCUUCGAGUGAUUAAACGGGUGCGACUAA